CGGCCCCCUGCCCGGCUGUAUUUAGCGGCGCCGCGGAUCACGCGAAGCCCGCGGCGGCGACAUGGCCGCCGCCAGCACGGAGCCGCCGAGGCUGAAGCAGCUGCUGGAGCGGGACCCUUACCUGGCGCCCUUCCGGACCGACUUCCAGCGCAGGUAUUCUCUGUUUUAUAACCACUUGAAGAACAUUGAGGAAAGUGAAGGUGGCCUUGAUAAAUUUACGAAAAGUUACAAAACCUUCGGAGUUAACCAACUUGCAGAUGGUGGAAUAUACUGCAAAGAGUGGGCACCAGGAGCAGAAGCUGUGUUUCUUGCAGGUGACUUCAAUGGCUGGAAUCCAUCUUCUCAUCCCUAUAAGAAGUUGGAAUAUGGGAAGUGGGAGUUGUUCAUUCCACCUGAAGAUGGCCGUUCUCCUGUGCCCCAUGGGUCAAAGCUAAAGGUGGUGAUUCGUGCUCAGAACGGCGCCCUCCUCUAUCGUAUUUCACCCUGGGCAAGAUAUGUGGUCCGUGAUGAAGACAAAGUGAAUUAUGAUUGGGUUCACUGGAAUCCACCACAGUCAUAUAUACAUAAGAAUCCUUCUCCCAAGAGAUUAAAAAGCCUAAGAAUCUAUGAAUCUCAUGUGGGAAUUGCUUCCCCAGAAGGCAAAGUAGCUUCUUAUAAAAACUUCACAUACAAUGUACUACCUAGAAUAAAAGAUCUUGGCUAUAACUGUGUCCAGCUGAUGGCUAUUAUGGAACAUGCAUACUAUGCCAGUUUUGGUUAUCAGGUUACAAGUUUCUUUGCAGCAUCAAGCCGGUACGGAACUCCUGACGACCUGAAGGAAAUGAUUGACGUUGCUCACUCCAUGGGCAUCACAGUCCUGCUUGAUGUGGUGCACAGCCACGCCUCAAAAAACUCAGAAGACGGUCUCAACCAGUUUGAUGGUACAGAUUCUUGUUUCUUCCAUUCUGGGUAUAGAGGCAAUCACCAGCUCUGGGACAGCAGGCUCUUUGACUACGCAAACUGGGAAGUCCUGAGAUUCCUUCUGUCUAAUUUGAGGAUGUGGAUUGAAGACUAUCGCUUUGAUGGAUUCCGGUUCGAUGGCGUCACGUCUAUGUUGUAUCACCACCACGGCAUUGGCACAGGGUUCAGUGGAGACUACAAUGAGUAUUUUGGCCUACAUGUGGAUGAAGAUGCUUUGUGUUACCUGAUGCUGGCCAAUCACAUGAUUAAUACCUUGCACCCAGAAUGCAUAACCAUAGCAGAGGAUGUUUCUGGAAUGCCAGCUCUCUGUCGGCCUGUGGCAGAGGGAGGAGGGGGUUUUGAUUAUCGACUUGCCAUGGCCAUUCCAGAUAAGUGGAUACAGAUAAUUAAGGAGCUGAAAGAUGAAGACUGGAAUAUGGGCAAUAUUGUGCAUACAUUGACAAACAGACGGUGUGAAGAAAAGUACAUUGCUUAUGCAGAGAGUCAUGACCAGGCCCUGGUUGGUGAUAAAACCCUGGCCUUUCGCCUGAUGGAUGCAGAGAUGUACACAAACAUGAGUGUGCUCAUGCCUCUGACGCCAGUUAUUGAUCGUGGGAUACAGCUUCAUAAAAUGAUUCGUCUCAUUACUCAUGCACUCGGAGGAGAGAGCUAUCUGAACUUCAUGGGUAAUGAAUUUGGACAUCCAGAAUGGCUUGACUUCCCCAGGAUAGGGAAUAAUGAGAGCUACCACUAUGCCAGGAGACAGUUUAAUCUUACUGAGGAUGAUCUUCUUCGUUAUAAAUUCCUAAAUGCCUUUGAUAGAGAUAUGAAUAGACUGGAGGAAAGAUUUGGCUGGCUUGCAUCUCCCCAGGCCUAUGUGAGUGAAAAGCAUGAAGCCAAUAAGGUCAUAGCAUUUGAGAGAGCAGGUCUUAUUUUUAUUUUCAACUUCCAUCCAUACCAAAGUUAUGUGGACUACAGAGUGGGUAUUGAAACUCCAGGAAAGUAUAAAAUCCUUCUUGAUUCUGAUGCUGGAGAAUAUGGAGGGCAUCAAAGGCUGGACCACAAUACAGAGUACUUCUCUGAGGAAUAUCCUCACAAUUAUCGACCUAAUUCAAUUAUGAGCAGCUCCAGCCAACCUCCCAGAGGAUGCCACUUGCACCAAAUAAAGGUGUACAUUCCAAGCAGAGUUGCUAUUGUGCUUCACAACACGGACAUCCCAAAGUGAAGUUCUCUGUAACCACCACCGAAGAAGCAAGUCACAAAGAAGUGCUGAUACACUGUACUAGUACUAAGUAUAACAAAACUUGCUCUAAGAAGGCUUUCUGAGGCUGAGUAUAGUAAUAUUAGGUGUUUAAAAUGUAAGAUUAAUAUUCACAUGUAAUUGCAGAGCUCUUGACUUGCUAGACCCUCUUUUGAGGAAGCUUUACAAAGAGGCAGAAAGGAAAAUGUUGGAUUUGUAGUUCUAGUAGUACAAAAUUACACUUAAGGUGUUGCAAAGCAGCAGGUAUUCUCAAUUAAAUUUUUGUUUACAGAAUUUUAUCAGGAAUGAUAAGAGUGAUCCUGCUCCAAAGUUUGUAAUUUCUUAUAAUCCUCAUUUUGAUAGUGAAUUCAAAUAUUCAUUAUGUGUUAAUACUUCUUACUAAAAGUAAGUAGUUUGCUUAAAUAAAACAGAAGUUUUUGGCUAAAAGGCAGCCUUAACGGUUUGUGGGACCUAAUUUGAGGCUCCUCUUCUUCAUUGAAGUCUAACAUGGAAUUAGAUACGCUUUUCCAGAUGGAUGAGAAGGUCCUCUGAGAGUCUUUUACUUUGCCAUGUUUUAUUUAAUUACAAAUGCACAAAAAUGCUGGGCAGUAAAACAAGCAGGCCAAUUGAGUGGGGGCCUGCUGAUGCUAUUGUGUGUGCUGGUUAUCUGCUCCCACCCAAAUCGCUGAGUCUGAGCAUCUCACUUGCUACAGAUGGACAAUAAUGACACAACUAUUUUACUUAGAUCACUAAAAUGUUCAGUGAGAAGCAUGUUUUGGUCUUAAUGCAACAGUACCACACUGGAAGAGGUACUUAAAGUGCAGUUCUUCACAUAUCUUCCUUGCAUAUUUUUCACUAACAUCAGGACCUUGCAAUACUGAUUUCACUUCUUCCAGAAGCUGCCUUUCAGCUUGGCACAUGAUAAUGUUCUUGCACUUUUAUAACUUUUGAAACAGUGCUUCUUGUGAAGAAGCAGUCUCAAAAUUCAGUGAUAAAACUAAGGUGUUCUUUUUGAUUAAAAUUAAGUUAGUUAAUUAUUGGAGUGCUGCUAAGAUAAUUCAAGUGAGUUUAUUCACAAGCUACAACUUUUUUGUAAAGAGUAAGAUUUUGUAUAUUUGAAAAUGUAUUGCAGAGUAUUCUGGAAAAUUAAUACCAAAUUAAUGAGACAUGCUUUAUUUUGUUCCAUUUAUUUAAAAACAUAUUUGAAUUGGUUCUGAAAUGAAUGUCUUUUGUACCAAUCUGAAUUUUCUAACUUUUAAAGUAGCCAAAGAGGAAGAUGUCCAUGACCAUUUCCAAGUCAUAAUUUUAUCCAGUUUCCUUUGUGAACCAUUGUGUAAACUACUGGAUGGUUGGUGCCAACACUGACAAUCUAUUCAAGUUCUUGGAAUGCUUACUUGUGGCUUACUUCUUAAGCAAAAUAAGGUAUGGAAUAAUGCAGCAUGAUGGAAAACAGUCUUUUGCAGAGUUCACACUGAAAGGGCUUUGUGAAGAUCCCCAGUCUGAUAUGUUCUGUGUGGCAGAGAAUGUUAUAUUGCAGUUGAGUACCAUAGGAUCAUGCUUCAUUUUCCUCUACACCAGUUUGAUCAUUGUUUGGUUGUGGGCUAAUAAAAGCAUUCCUGUUAUGCUAUGACUUUAAAUAAAAUAUAAUGAACUGUUUUAGCAACUGGAACUGAUUAUCUUUUUUUUUUUUUUCCCCCAGAUUGUUUACUUUGUAGUGAAAUAAUGAGCAACUUCUAAUACAUGUUAUAUUUACACUGUAUUGAUCUAAUAUGUUUUAUAGGGUGGUUUGUUUUUUGGGUUUUUUUUAAUUUUAUUUUACUGGCACAAGUUCCAGGUUUCAAAAUGUAAUGGCAAGUGUCUGUGUCAAACCUUUUUUUCAAGAGAAGGAAUAAAUGUAUGAUGUGAAGUAUAAACUGUAAAAUCACAUGCAAAAUAAACUCUGAGGAGGAGAAAAGAAAUGCA